AUGGUUAAAAAUGCUUCAAGCUUGUGUGACUUGUUUUCAGAGGUGAUUGAAUGGAUUGGACCUGAUAAUAUUGUUCAUGUAGUGACAAAUAAUGCUGCGAACUAUAUUGCUGCUGGUAGGCUUAUUAAUAAAAAAUUUGAAAAUAUUCACUGGUCACCUUGUGCUGCUCAUUGCUUGAAUCUUAUUCUAAAAGAUAUAAGUAGCAUGCCACAUAUUUCUAGCCUUGCAACACGUGCCUCAAAGAUUACCGUGUUUGUGUAUAAUCAUACGGUGUUCUUGUCCUGGCUAAGACAAAGAACUGAUUGGAAGGAGAUUGUUCAUCCAAGUGCAACUCGUUUUGCCACUGUCUUCAUCACAUUGAUGGGUAUCUUUGAGCGCAAACCGGAUUUACAAUCAUUGGUUGUUGAUACACACUUUACCGGACACAAAUUAGGAAGGAGUGCUAAUGGUAGAGCUGUGGGUACAAUUAUCCUAGAUAAUAAAUUUUGGGAUGAUUAUUUUACUGCAUGCCAAAUUGUGAGUCCGUUGAUUAAAUUGCUGAGGUUGGUAGAUGCUGAUGAUAAACCAUCAUUGGGAAUUGUUUAUGAAGGUAUGCUGAGAGAAGCACCUGAUGUCAUGCGAGCUUUGCUUGAUCUUGUUACAUUGCAUUGCAAGGUUAAUAAUUUAGAUUCAGUUGAGGCAAUAAAAGAAAUAUACUUAUAUAAAGAUCAAAAGGAAAGCUUUGAUAGGCCUGAAGCUGUUCCAGCUGCAAAAAAACUUCAACCUGAUGAAUGGUGGAGGUUGUUUGGUAGUUCUACUCCAUGUUUACAAAACAUGGCAAUUCGCAUUCUUAGCCAAGCAUCUGCUUCUUCAGGGUAA